AUGCCAGGACACCCUUCAUCAACCACAAUAACAACUCCAGUUGAAAAGUCACCAAAAAAAAUUAGUAAAUCAUUUGUCAAAAGUUGUGAUGACAAUGUCAAAAAGUUUAACACAUUUAAAAUUAAACAAAUUUCUGAUAAUAUUUUUUGCAUAGAGGAAAAUUGUAUUAAUUUUGAUGUAAAAUCUCUUAUUUAUCUUAUAAUUGGUGAUGAAAAAGCUUGCCUCAUUGAUACUGGUUUUGGUUCUGAUGAUCUUAAUGAAUAUAUACAAUAUUUAGGAAUUUUAAAGGAUAAUAUGAAAAUCAUUGUUAUUAAUACACAUAAUCAUUGUGAAGUGGUUGGUAGUAACUGGAGAUUUUCUACAACUGGAAGAUUAGGAUUAUCACAUAAUUGUGAAGAUUUAUGCGCUUCUAGUUACAAUAAGAACUAUACUAAAAUACCAGUAGAUUCUAAAUAUCAAUGGAAUGUUAAAUUAUACAAAAUAACAAAAUGGUUAAAUGAUAAUGAUGUAAUUUUAUUGGGGAAUGAUAAAAAAAGUAAAAAUAUAUUAGAGAUAUGGCAUACUCCUGGUCAUACACCAGAUUCACUUAUUAUAUGGUAUUCAUAUGGAGGGAGAUUCUUUGUUGGUGAUUUAUUUUAUACAUACACUGACAUUUUAUUGACAUAUGAUUACAGUAGUAUUAAAAAAUAUGUUGAAUCAAUAAGAAGACUUUCAAAUUUUAUUAAAAAUUAUAAAAAACCAGAAAAAUUAAAAUAUAGUUCUUCUAAAAUUGAUAUUGAUGAGAAAUGUGUUCCAAUAAUAAAAAAUUUUCAACAUUUUCUUUAUGGUGUUAUAACAGGAUCCCAGAAAUGUCAACUAGUAAGAUUAAAUGAUGAUCACCAUGAAGGAGUAAAAUUUGAGACUAGAGAUAAAAUUAUUUCACUAACUUUAUCUUCCAAAAUUUAUAGACUAUUAAAGGAGGCUCGAACAAAGAGAAAUACUUAUACAAGUUCCGUUGCUUUAAACAGUGUACCUGCUGGCAAUUUGAUAAAGAAAACAACAAGGUUAUAG